GCGCCUUGGCUUGUGUAGUGUGAUGCGGGACGGUAAGAGAGGGGCUUUCCGUCUCUUCGUUCUGCAGGCUUACCCGCACGGAAACAUAUGAGUAACAUCAGAGGGGUUACAGUCACCUAGUAGCGUUUCUGCUGUCAGAAACAAGUCAGUUCUCGAUUUGUUAUUGGGGGAUGAAUGACGAGAAAAGCCCGGAUAACGGCAAGAGAAAUGCUGGGUUUACCAGUAUUGAGCAAAUGCUGGCUGUGAACCCUGGGAAGACGCCCAUCAGUCUGCUGCAGGAAUAUGGAACGCGGAUAGGCAAAACCCCAGUGUACGACCUGCUGAAGGCCGAGGGUCAAGCCCACCAGCCUAACUUCACAUUUCGUGUAUCUGUGGGAGACAUCAGCUGCACCGGCCAGGGCCCCAGUAAGAAAGCUGCCAAGCACAAAGCCGCAGAGGCCACCCUCAAAAUGCUCAAAGGAGGAAUGCUGGAAGGGAUUGGAGGAAAUGGGAUAGAAAGGGAGGGGUUUACUGGGUUUGAUACUGAGGCAGAAUGUUCCCAGUCAGAGAUAAAAUCAUCUAGUUCCACACAGCAAGCCGAGUGCAAUCCAGUUGGAGCUUUGCAGGAACUAGUAGUGCAGAAAGGCUGGCGUUUACCCGAGUACACAGUCACUCAAGAAUCUGGGCCUGCACACCGCAAAGAGUUCACAAUGACCUGCAGAGUGGAGAGAUUUGUUGAAAUAGGUAGUGGUACAUCUAAAAAGCUUGCUAAGAGAAAUGCAGCAGCAAAGAUGUUCUCUCGUAUCCAUGAUGUACCAGUGGACAUGUGUAGCAGCCAUGAGGCCGAAGCAGAAGAUGAUACCUUUAGUAUGCACAUGGGUGGCAGACUAGAGGCAGGCAAAUCUAAAGGUCUUGGCUGCACCUGGGACUCUCUGCGGAACUCGGCCGGGGAGAAAAUCCUGCAGUUGCGUUGUCAUCCUUUGGGCCAGCCCAACUCCAAUUUCUGUUCUCUCCUUCACGAACUCUCUGAGGAGCAGCACUUUGACAUCAACUACCUGGACAUAGAGGAGCGCAGUUUGAGAGGCCUGUAUCAGUGUCUGGUAGAGGUGUCCACACAACCCAUAACUGUCUGCCACGGAUUUGCCUCCACCUUGGAUGCAGCCCGUGCCAGCGCUGCACACAAUGCCCUCCAGUACCUCAAGAUCAUGGCAGGGGGAAAGUAAGGCAUUGUACCACGUCACCUGUAACUUUUUCCCCAUUUGCUCUCCAUGGCAACAUCAGAAAAACUGAUGGAUUUUAAGCUUACCUCUUCUGCCCGUUCUGUGUAUUGAGGGCUGAUUGGUUGGUCUUCUCGGCACCUGUGUUGUAGACCUCACAGCUACAAAUUGUGAACCUAUUUGGAGGUGGAACUGGUUGCCUUUAUAAUUUUCUCCAUGAAUAUCACACCAAAAGGGUCCAAAGUGUAACCUCUUUCUCUUUCCCCACCACCUCCAAAGAAAGGCUGGGAACACUAAUGAUUUGAAACUAAAGGUUAUAACGUUCACAAGUGUCCCAUGAGGUAAAAUAGCAAAUGUUUUGUGUUUUUUUUUUUUUUUUAUUUGCAAUUAUUUUAUUUCAACACAAAUAACUCCGCUAUCUAACCAUUUGUCCAGAACUUUGCCGUCUUUAAUUUUUUCCUUUUUAAAUCUAUUUAGCUUUAUUUUAUUUUAUUUCAUUUUAAAUUGUGCCAUCUUAUAGAAACUCUGCUCUGUGGAAUUUAUGAAUUGAACCCACAACAGUUGAUGUGCGUGUGACCAAAAAAGUGAUUUUUAUUUUGUUUUUAUUACAUAUUUGAACUUUGUCAUAAGUUUUUAUUUGUAUUUUAAUGAUGGAUGUUAUUCCUUAACAUUGAUUCACCCUUUUAAAAUGAAUAAGUCUAAUUUCUCAGUCAUUAAAACUAUAAUGUCCUUUUUAAUGUGAGGCAGACAAUUAGUGUCAAUAUCUACCUUUGUUAAAGUGCUUCUAUCCUCCCAGGCUUCAUCACAAUUCAUUUGAGAAGUAGGAAUGACCAAAUUAAACUUGCUAUAAUGUUUUUUUUUCUACAUCUACAGUAUAUAAGACCAACAGCAAUAUAAUAAUAAUAUGUGACUACAGAUGUCAUUUGUAGCAAAUUUGUGCAUUAUAGUGUUAGGUAUUUUAUCUACAACAAUAAACUUUUUAAUAUUCGCAAAGUAUUGAGUAUACUGUUUAGCAAAUACUGUCAUUGCAAUUUACAGAACAUUAUCUUCAAUGACAGCAGCAUUUUAGAUCAGCAAAAGGGUGUUAAUCUUUAGGACGAAAUCUGUAUAUUGGAAUUUUAGUAAUUCCCCAGUUUUGGGGUCAUCCAUAGAUCACUGACAAUUACUACACCAAAUUCAAAUUAAUUAUUUAUUAACAUAUAAAGGCAAUCUCUACUGCUGUUAAUUUUUUCUGAAGAAUAAGACUGAAAAGUGCUUUGAAAGCCAGACGUUCACAAUAUUUAUCACACAAGAGGUACAGCUGUUGGUUUACACUUUAAAGUCAACAUGAAAUCAAAACUGACCCUAUAUACUUUCUUAAUACACAUUCUUAGGAUGUUUUUCCAAAUAAAUACAUUUUUGUCUUUGUAAUCUUUCAUCAUAAUGUAAUAAUUCUGAAAUGACUUUUCACCUGACGUCACCAAUCUCACCUAUUUUUCAAGCCCCCCCCCCCAACCCUCUGUCAUAGAGACAACUUUUCACAAUCCAAAUUCCUGAUGGAUAAAAUCAAGUCCUGCCCUACAUUUAUUUCUUGUUGAUUUACACAUGGUUUCAUGUUAACUUUGGUUAACAUUGGGAGCUUGUGGUAUGUCACCAUCUGCUGGAAACAGUGAAACUUCUUAUCAAGACUAUUAACUUUUUUUUUUUUCUUUUUUUUUUUCUCAAUA